AUGUCAUCCCCUCACAUGAACUUGCGCGGAAUGGACUCCAAAAGCCAGAUCGACGUCAAGGAGCGUGCUCUCCAAUACGCCAAACUUGCGUCAUUCAUGAAUGCUGACCCUGACGAAAUUGUUGGGAAUCAAGCCUUUGGACCUUCCACGACUGGGCUUUUGCGAACUCUGACCAACUCUCUCGGCCCAAAUCUCAAUGCGGACUCGGAAAUCAUCGUAUCCAUUCUUUGCCACGAGGCUGGCAUAACUGCGUGGGUUGCCCUGGCCAAAAGUUUGGGUAUAUCCAUCAAGUGGUGGACACCGGCCAGAGGGGUAGGAAAUAACAACGACCCGAAACUUACCCUGGAAUCGCUCCGACCACUUUUGUCAUCCAAGACCCGACUUGUAUGCUGUGGACACGUGUCAAAUAUCACAGGAACCAUUGAACCCAUUAAAGAGAUUGCAGAGCUCGUCCAUAGCAUACCGGGCGCUAUGGUAUGUGUGGACGGAGUAGCCUGGGCUCCUCAUCGGCCUAUCGACGUCAAACAACUGGAUGUCGACUUGUACGUCUUCAGCUGGUAUAAAGUAUUUGGCCCUCACAUUGCCCAGAUCUAUGCCAGGCGGAAUGUUCAGCAGCGCUACUUGACCAGUCUCAACCACUACUUUUUUGAUUCCUCCACAUUAUCCGCAAAGCUGGGCCUAGGCAACAGCUGCAUCGAGCUGGAACAUGCUUUAGUACCCAUCAUCAGUUACUUGGCCGACGAAGUUGGUUGGGGCCCCAUAAUUGCGCACGAGGAGGUCAUCACAAGGUAUAUUCUCGAUUACUUGACAGCCAACCCGGACCUUUACACUAUCUAUGGAUCGCGGACCUCGGACCCCAAAACUCGAGUUUCCCUGAUAAGCUUCUCCGUGAACGGAGUUGCGUCUGCCAGGGUCGGCAACGAGAUACAUGAAACAUCAAAAUUUCGGCUACUCACAGGCGACUGUUGGUCUCCUCGUACAGUCCACGAUGUUCUUGGAUUAACAGAUGACGGCAUUAUUCGAACAAGCUUGCUGCAUUACAACACCGUGGAGGAGAUGAAAUUAUUCACGAAAAAGCUCGAUGAGGUAGUGCAUACUUUGAGAAGAUAA